AACUGGUACCCCGUGUGGUGAGAUAGACUGGCGCCCUCUAUAGUUACGUAGUAUCGGCCUCUUGAUUUUUAUCCACCAUCAUGGGUAUCUCACGGGACAGGUGGCACAAAAGACGAAAGACAGGUGGCCGUCGUAAGCCCCUGCGAAAGAAGAGAAAGUUUGAGUUGGGUCGCCCACCCGCCAAUACCAAGCUUGGCUCAAAGCGUAUCCAUCUGGUGCGAUGCAUGGGCGGCAACAUAAAGUUCAGGGCCUUGCGUCUGGAGCAAGGAAACUAUGCUUGGGGCUCAGAGAACGUGGCUCGCAAGACCCGUAUCCUGGAUGUUGUCUACAAUGCCAGCAACAACGAGCUGGUGCGUACCAAGACUCUGGUGAAGAGUGCCAUUGUGCAGGUUGACUCCACCCCCUUCAGGCAGUGGUACGAGGCCCACUACGCCCUUCCCUUGGCCCGUAAGAAGGGAGCCAAGCUGACGGAGGCGGAGGAAGAGGUGCUGAACAGGAAGCGGUCCAAGAAAGCAGCCAAGAAGUACGAAGAGCGCAAGAAGACAGCCAAACUGAGCCAGAUGCUUGAGGAUCAGUUCAGCACAGGGAGGCUGCUUGCUUGCAUCACGUCCAGACCUGGACAGUGUGGGCGAGCUGACGGUUACAUCCUGGAGGGCAAGGAACUCGAUUUCUACCUCCGAAAGAUCAAGUCCAAGAAGGGAAAGUAAGCAAGUAAACAACGGCAUCACCAAGUAAACAGAAUAAACAGCAACAUGACUUCGGAUAUGUACAAAACAAGGCCACCUGACCGAGUUUAACUCUAGAUUCCAGUUUCGUAACAGUUGCUUUCUGUAACGGUUAGCAUUGUUUUGUGAAGAAAUAAAACACACCUCUAUACAGA